AUGGCUUCAAAAUUACAAGAGUACAGAGAUACGUUGGAGCGUAACUUAAUGGACAAGAGCAAACCGUGGACAAAAUUCUUCGAGAAAGCGGAAUCAAAGACGGGAGUUAACAGAGUCUAUCUGUUCGUCGGUUUGGUGGCAUUCACCGGUUUAUAUUUAGUGUUUGGUUUCGGCGCUGAGUUGAUAUGUAACUCGAUUGGCUUUGUCUAUCCGGCGUAUAUGUCGAUGAAGGCCCUCGAGUCUCCUGUGAAAGAUGACGACACUAAAUGGCUGACCUACUGGGUAGUCUACGCUUGCUUCUCCGUUGUCGAAUAUUUCUCCGACUUCAUCGUUGGCUGGUUCCCACUUUACUGGCUCAUCAAGUGCAUCUUCAUCAUCUGGUGUUACUUGCCGACCGAUUACAAUGGUUCACUCAUCAUUUACAAUCGCAUCAUUCGCCCCUACUACCAGAAACACCAUACUCGCAUCGAUGACAUUGCCAGUUCAGAUGUCCUGAAAGACAUAGUUAAAGACGUGAACAAACAUAUGGAUAGGACGUUAAAGAAAUUUAGCAAAACACUGCCGAAUCUUCACAAAGACUAA